GGAAGCGGAAAUCAGUUAUGAAAAGAAAAGCGGGUGAACUUUUUUUGUCAAAUGUAAAUAAACUAAAUAUUUUUGUUUUUUCGUCUUCGGAAGAACAACGUCUGCGGAUUGUCGUGUCUAAAAACACAAGGACAGGAUGAACUUCUCCAGCCUCCAGUCUCCCCCACACUCCCCCCUCCCCGCCCCCAUGCCCCUCCCUUCCUCCUCUUCCUCUCUGACCUGCUGCCCUGAGCUGGACCUGUCAGUCACACUCAGCCCGUCCCCCGACACCAGACAGCCACAGGUAAAGCCUCGCCCGCAGAGCCAGGGCGGCCUGUCGCACCCCAAGACCCACACACAAGGACCUCCCAGAAGAAAGAAGAACACAAAGGUGACUUUUGAAGAGCCGUUGGUCGUCACGGUAACGCCGGAGCCUCGUAUCACUCACCUUCAGCAGUCAAUGGGAGGGAGGACAGCACGUCACCAUGUUGUCAGACAUCCGGCGGAGCCUCAUCCUGCACCGUCCAAUCAGGAGCCAGGCUGUCUGGAGAGGGCGGGGCUUAACAGCACGCUGGCUCUGAAGGCGGAGCUUCAGUCCCUGCAGGGGGCGGAGUUUAACUCGCGGAAAACCCUGCAGGAAACCCUGCAGAAGUCAGAGAGAACCAAAACCCAGAUCCACGCCAGGGCCACUGAAGUGGUGAAUGUCUCUCGCUCCCAGCAGAUCUUCUCCUCCCUGAUCAGCGUGCGGGUGGAGGAGGACGAGCUGCUGAGCCGGGUCCUGCAGGACAGGCUGCUGCUGGCCCCGGCCCCGGGCCCCCGCGGUCCUGACGCCAGGCCGACGGACGGCCCCUCCCUCCUCCUCUUCAGGCCCCCGGACCUGUUCAGACAGAAGCCCCUCCCCCCCGACGAGGGCCCGGCCCCCCUGAAGCUGCAGCCCGCUCCACGGCCCGCCCACUCCACCUUUGACCUGUACAGACGGCAGCGGUGCUGGGAGGCCUCGCCCUGACGCCGGGCAGCUCUCCUAUUGGACACAUUACACCCAGCUGACUCUCUAAACGCCUCAGAUGAAGAAAGUCAAGCAGCGGUAACAAAGAAGCUGGAAACGGUUCCUCCUGGAGCCGUGUGCACUGUAAAAAGUCAAAAUCUUACCAGGAAUAU